UUCAAUAAGAAAUAAGGACCUGUUUGCAAAAUAUCCAAUAUAAUAUUCCCUUAGUCAGCAGCCACUCAGAGAAAGUGCAGCAAAGUGUUUGCAGAAAUGAGUAAACGUAUUUAAUUUUCACAACCUCCCACCCGACCUCUUAUUAUUCUUUACUUUCUUUCUUUCUCAAAACUCACAAAAAAAUUUAUACUUUCACCAACUUCUGUAAAUGGGUUCUGCUCACAAACCCUAGAAUCUCACUCACUACACUACAGUACAUACACUAACUUAUCUCCAGAUUCGGCUAAUACCCGGUUCAGCUAUGGCUGCUUUCUCCAUUUCUGCCUGUUUUAUUUGUCUAUCUGUCUCUGUCUUUCACUUCAAUUUGCUAUCUGCAGACCAAAGUUCCUCUUUUUCCUUCCAAAGUUUUCAUAAAGAUCCUAACUUUGAUUCCAAUAUUGCUCUUUAUGGAGAUGCGAGUGCUGUUAAUAAUGGCUCUGUGCUUCAACUUACUCGCUCAGUGAGUUCUAGUGCUGGACAUAUCAUGUACAAGAAACCCAUUAAGCUUGUUGAAGGUAAUCCUAUCAAUUUAGUUUCUUUUUCGAGUUAUAUAUCGUUUUCGAUGUCUUCAGAAAAUGGAGACGGUUUGGCUUUUGUUAUGGUUUCUGGGCGGUUUAAUGUUAGCGCUCUUGAUAGUGAUAGCCCAUUUGGGUUUUCUUUAAGAUUAAAGAGGAAUAAUUCUGAAUUUAUUGCUGUUGAAUUUGAUACAAGAAAGGAUGCUGAGUAUGGUGAUCUGAAUGAUAACCAUGUGGGAGUUAAUGUGGGUGGUUUUGUAUCUGCUAAGGUGAAAAAUGCUUCAUCUGUUAAUAUCGUGUUGAAUAAUGGGAAGAGAUUAAGUUCUUGGAUUGAUUAUGAGGCUGGUUCGAGAAGAUUAGAAGUUAGGUUGAGUAAAUUUGGCAAUAUAAAGCCAAUGGAUCCAUUGCUGUCCUACCCAAUUGACUUGUCAAAAUUGUGGAAAGAUGAAAAAUUUUAUAUUGGGUUGAGCUCAUCAAAUAGGAAUUCCUCUCAGGCGUGUUUGAUAUAUUCAUGGAGCUUUGAACAAAGGCAUGUUCCUCAAUGGAUGCACUCACAACCACUAGAUCCUCAGGCUUUUGCUAAAGAUGUGAAGCCUGGGGUAAUUACCAAGCAAGGUAAUUGUUUCUUGAGAGUGCUCGCUACAAUGAUCUUUGGUACUGCUUGUGGAGCACUUGGGGCAUUCAGUGUCUUGUACCUGUGGACUAUCUUCGGCAAUAGGCGUCCUGUUGUGCCAGAGGAGUGUUCUGUGCACCCUGUGGAAUUUGAAUACAAGAAAGUUAAAGUAGUUGUAGAGAAAGCCGUCGAAGAUGGCAAGCAGUAGAGUUGUUUAAGGUUUUGUGACAUAUUAUUGAUGGGAGCAUUCAGACUUUGCUCUUCUUGAUUCCA